AUGUGGAUUCGAAGUACCAUCAUCCUUUUGGUCGGGUUAAUCGCCAAGUCCGCGUUUACGGCCCCAGCGCUGCUCUAUGCCGCCGCCAAUGCGAUCGACGGUGUCAAAAUCGAUCUGACUAGUGACGCAGCUGGGAGUGGGAUCGUGACACCAAUGAAUAUUCACGGAUAUAUAACUCCGGGUGGACCGGUUUUCAACUUUACGGGGACUCUCGAACAAGUUAUUCCGCAGAUUAAAGAACUUUAUCCAGAUUGGGACCCGACGGUGCCGACGCCGACGACUGAGAAUCCUAGUAAAGUCAAACGAUACUUCCAAAACCGUCCGACAUGCUGGCUAGUCGUCGGAUGGAACACAGGACGGGCUGGAGCUUUCGGACAGGCAGAUUACUUGGAAGCACUUGGGGAGCAUACCAUGUGUGGAGCCGAAGCUAGAACCUGUGCACGAACAGGCUGUAAUAACGAAUCUGCCGUCGAUUUAUGUAACGAUAUAUAUAACCUCAAAUCUUCGAUCGACUGGACUAACCCGUAG